AUGACGCGCAUUUGAGGUUCUUGGGAGGCGUAUCGCGCCAUGUGAGUUUAUGUUCGAAAAGCACACGUAAUACGAUUUUUAUUGGAAAGGAGGAUGGAGAGGAAUAAACAUUAGUUUGAAUUGUAAUUAUAAAAUAGAAGAAUAUAGAAUGGUCAUGGAAUCACUUUCAAGGGCUAAAGUCAUAUUAAAGGAGAUGUUCGAUGCAGCAGUCGAAGCAGUUUUGCCUAACAGAAUCAUAAAAAACAGAGUCAAGGUAAUAGAAAAUCAACUUCUCGUCGACAAAGAAGCUUUCAGGUUAAAGGGCAACGUUUACUUGAUUGGCUUUGGUAAAGCCGUAAUGGGAAUGGCUAUCGAGAUGGAAAAUUUGCUCGGAGAUAAAUUAAAGAAAGGGAUCGUCAGCAUUCCCCGAGGGAGCAAAGAAAAUCUUGGAAAAAUAAAGGGAAUGACUGAUUUGACUAAAUCUAGAGGAGUAGUCAUUUAUCGGGAGGGAUGCGUUAAUAAUCAACCAGACUCUGCAUCUUUGUCUGCGACUGCUGAAAUUAUAGAUUUAGUCACAUCGUUGAAGGAAACCGAUACAUUAAUUGUUCUUGUGUCCGGGGGCGGUUCUGCUCUACUUUGCAUGCCUAAAGCUCCGAUAGAAGCGAAGAGUAAAGAAAAACUCUGUAAAGACUUGCAAAAUGCUGGAGCUAAUAUUAAGGAACUAAAUACAAUACGUAUGAAAUUAUCAGCCGUAAAAGGUGGAGGGUUAGCUCGUAUGGCAUAUCCUACGUCAGUUAUUAGUCUUAUCUUAUCCGACAUUGUUAACGACCUUGUCGACAUAAUCGCCAGUGGUCCAACUAUUUACAACAGUAAAUCGACGAAGAUAGUUAUAGAAAUUUUGGAAAAAUAUAAAUUAUACGACGCUCUGGAGAAUGAUCUAAAAUCAGUCCUUACAUCGAAUGAAAAUGCAGAUGAAAAAUACUUAUUAAAUGAGAGGAAGGAAUUUACACAUGUGAAAAAUAUUAUCAUUGGUAAUAAUACGUUAGCGAUUCAAAGUGCAUUCGAAAAGACGUCGAAAAAAGGACUGAAUACAAUUGUUCUAGGAAACAAUGUCGAAGGACACGUGCGAGAUGUUAGUUUACGAUACGUUGACAUAAUAGAAACAAUUUGCCUUACAAUGGGCGGCCAUUUGAGUAGGGAGGAAUUUUUUACAAUAAUGGAAAAAGAUUCCACCUUUUCGUUGUCAGAAACUGAGGUAGAGGAAAUAUUUAAUAGGAUUAUAAAUAGUGGAGAGAAGGAGAUUGUUUUAGUCGCAGGUGGCGAGCCCACUGUAGUCGUUACGGGAAAGGGGUUAGGAGGACGAAAUCAACAGCUUACUUUCCAAUUUUCUUUCGACUGGCAUAUUAAAGUACAAAACGAGCCACGAUUAGGUGAAUAUAAUGUUAUUAUAAUGAGUUGCGGCACCGAUGGACAAGAUGGCCCCACUGAUGCAGCCGGAGCAUUCGGAUAUGCUGCGAUUCACUCUAUGGUCUCCGAUAUGUAUAACAAUUUAAAGAAAAAAUUAGACGAGUCACAGGAUAAAUCUAUUACAAUGGAUAUCGAUAACAAAUUGAAUAUCGAUGCCCAAGAAAUUAAAAAUAUGGAACGCUUGGAUGUCUUCCCAGAUCUCAAAAUUGAUUAUCGUAAUAGGAAUUCACUGGCGGAAGCUAUCAAAAGAUUGGAACAAAUGUCACCCGACGUUGUAUUGAGAAAAAAUGAUACAUACAAUUUUUACUCUCAAUUUAAAGGAGGACAAGACCUGAUCAAAACGGGAGUUACAGGCACCAAUGUUAUGGAUUUGCAUUUCUUUUACAUUAAAAAGGUGUAAUCUAAUCUUCCGCAGGAAAUUUAUCAAUGCCUUUAAGGUUCAGUGAAACACAUCGUUCAAAUAGAUUCUUCUAAAUAUCCACGUUACCAAUUACCUUUUAAAAGCCUAACAAUAAACCAGAUAUGUUGCCAA